CAGCUACGUGAAGGUACACAGCUAAUCUUUACCAAAGGGCAGACCAGCGACGGCGCUGUCGUGACAAACCAUGCCAUCCCGAUACCAGUUGACACCAGCAGGAAACUACUGUCGGCCAACCCAGGCGACAAACGCGGCUUGGUUGAGGUGGCCCUUCCCGGCUAUGGCAAAUGCCAAGUUCCUCGAAAAGUUUUGGUUCCGACUGAAGAUUCUGGAUUGAAUGCGAGCAGACAAGGAGCUGAGCCUGUCAGCUCGCUGUCGAUCUACUUUUAUGCCGAGGCCGAAGUGCUCGACAACCUGCUCAGCCAGAUCGGGUGGUCCUUACGCAGCCUCAGUCUCCAGUAUUUUGACAGAAUGGAUGACGAGAAGUUGAUGAUGGCCAUCUUGAAAUGGUGCCCGAAGCUGACGAAACUCUCGAUCUCCCCUGAUGCUAUUAACUUGAAUCGUCUUGUCACCACGUACGAGAACGUCACUGGAGGUCCAAAGCCGCGCAUUUCUUCGCUAUCGUUGAUAAGGAUCAGCGAUAUUGGAGCGGAUCACGGGGUAGCAUUUGCCGAGUUUCUGGGGGAUCCAAGAAGUCGUCUGACCCAGCACUUCGAGGAACUUACCAUCGAGGCAUUUGGAAAUGAUCCCAGAGUUACCGGCUCAACCAUGCAAGCUCUGUGGAUAGCACCCAAGCACAACACGAAGUUGAGGAAACUAAAGCUGAUUGUACCGUCGAAUGUGCUGAAGCCCUGGAAGAACCGGUUUCGACAGUUCCAUUGCCAGGUUCUUCCUCCUGUACCUGUCGACCUGCCGUCCAAGCUCGCUUUCCUGAGUGCGUCCUGCAUGGAAGGA